UUAAGUUAGAAUCCAUAAUGACAGAAAAUUAGUUUCAAAUCGAGACGCCGUUUACAAAUAAUCGUGUGGUCGAACAAAGAAAGAAUGAGCAAUUGUGCAUCAUUACCAAAAGUUAAUGGAACCAAAUCACUGACCUUUGAAACAAUACUCCGAUAAUAUAUAUUGUUAAAAUAACAUUUUACACACUCAUUAUAUGCGUUGUUAAUUGAACGAUUUGAUUUUUGGUAAUAGUUGUUCCAAUUUAGAUUUGUAAAGUUUAAAAUAAAAGUGAUAACAACAAACCAAUUCUCAAAGAUGAGUUUUUUCGGUAAAAUAUUUGGAAAAAAGGAAGAGGUGCCAAGCACAACCGAAGCAAUUCAAAAUCUGCUUGAAACUGAGAAAAUACUCAUUAAAAAGCAGGAACAUCUUGAACAUAAAAUUGAACAAGAACUCCAAACUGCCAAGAAGCAAAGUGUUAACAAAAACAAAAGAGCUGCCAUCCAAGCAUUGAAGAAAAAGAAGAGAUUCGAGAAGCAACUUCAACAAAUCGAUGGAACUCUGUCAACACUUGAAAUGCAACGUGAAGCCCUGGAGGGUGCCAAUACAAAUACAGCCGUUUUGACCAAUAUGAAGAAUGCUGCUGACGCACUCAAAGCAGCACAUAAACACAUGGAUGUCGAUAAAGUACACGACAUGAUGGAUGACAUUGCCGAACAACAAGAUCUGGCCAGAGAAAUAUCCGAAGCAAUUUCAACUCCGAUGGGUGGGUAUGAUAUCGAUGAUGAUGAAUUGGAAAAGGAGCUCGAAGAGCUGGAACAAGAAGAAUUGGAUAAGGAAUUGUUGAAUGUUGAUAAAACCGCACACGAAUUACCAGACGUGCCAAGCGGUGACAUCAAGCAACCGAAUGUAGCAGACCGAGAAACGAAAAAAGUUGCCGCAAAAUCUGUUGAAGAAGAAGAUGACGAUAUGAAAAUGCUGUCAGCAUGGGCGAGCUAGUCUCAAUUAUAAAUACAAGAAAUAACGAACCUCAUCAAAUAAUGGCUAUAAAACCUAAUAUAAAAUCGAAAAUAAAAUUCAAUCAAAAGAAAUUAAA